AUGUCGAUCGAUCAGCAGACCCACUUGGGCGAACCCGCAGCUACGGGGCCGCGCUCGGUCAGAACCCCGGAAGAUCAUCCCUCCCGGGAGGGGCUCCGAGACAAACGCCCCGCCAUGACUUCGGAGCGAUACUGGCGGCUGUUCAAAGACCCGGGCUUGUCGCCACCCGACGCCCCCGUCGGCCCACCACUCGUUUCGCCCGAAGCCUUCCACGAUCUCGCCCACCAAGUGCGGGCACUGGCGGGCGUGGUACAAACUAUCAUCCCGCUCGUCUCCCAGCCAACGCCCCCACAUGCAACCCGGCCUUUGCAACAGCGGGAGCCCGCCCCCCGGAUGCACGCGCUGCUCCCCGAGCCCCCUCUAUCGCCUCGAAACCAAACGACCCCGCUCGGGGACCGGGAGGCGGAAGGCACGUCGAGCCGCCCGGAGCCCGAACGACCAUCCAUAGACCCGAUGAGCACCCUGCGGGCCCAGGUGUGUCUCUUUAAUCAACGCCUCAACGAAGUGCAACAAGAGAUUCGCAGGUCAAAUGGGGAGCCCGGGGCGGACGGAUACCAAGGGUCCCCGUUCGCACCCGAAAUACAAGAUCAGGCCAUUCCGUCACACUUUCGGCUCCCAUCCUUGGACGCCUAUGAUGGCGCCACUAACCCCGCGGAUCAUGUAGCCACGUUCCGCGCCCAAAUGACGCUAUACGGGACUUCCGACGCCUUAAUGUGCAGGGCGUUCCCGACAACUUUUAGGGGACCGGCCCGCGCAUGGUACGGCGGUCUCAAGACCGGGACCAUCACUUCCUUCGACCAUCUCGCCCGGGACUUCGAGCUCAACUUCCUCGCUUAUGCCCGCCCGAAGCCGUCUGUGGCGCUGCUCCUCGGGCUCAACCAAAGGGAGGAUGAGUCCCUCUCUCACUUCUUGAACCGCUUUACGACACAGAUCCGAGGACUCUCGGAUGCUCACCUUUCUCUACUGAUGCAGGCAUUCAUGAUAGGCUUGCGGCCCUCAAGGUUCUUCUGGUCCCUAGUAGAACGACCUCCUACGACGGUGCCCAAGAUGCUCCAGCGUGCGAGUCAGUUCGUCACCGCGGAAGCAUGGAUGGCCGGGAGGCCCGGGGGACACAAAGGGACCAAGCCAGAGCCGCCUCGGCAACAGCAACCCGCGGCAUCUCGGCGUAGGUUGGACCGAUCCGAUCCGCCUACUCCGAGGCCCCCUCUCCCAGCCUUGAACUCGUCCCAAACAGAAAUAUUCCUUCACAUAAGGGAGAAGGGACUGCUCAAAGAGCCAUACCCGAUGAGAAGUCUGCGGGCGCUGGCGGACCAAUCGAAGUAUUGUCGCUUCCAUCGGCAACGUGGGCACGACACUGAACAGUGUCAGGAGCUAAAGAGACAAAUCGAGGAGCUCAUUCGCAGGGGACACCUCGGCCAGUACCUCUGCCCAGAUAAGGAACCUUCGCCACGCCCAGAGGGCCCUGUCGAGCGACACAUCGAUGUAAUAAUAGGCGGCCCCGCGUCUGGUGGGGACUCCAUGACCAGAAGGAAGGCGUACGCCAGAGCCGCCUCGGCCGAAGCCCCCGGACACGCGCCCAGUCCUAACGUCACCUUCCCGGCCAGAACGUCCGAACAAGCCAAGCACGACGAUGCGCUCGUGGUAUCAGCCAGAAUCGCCAAUGCACAGGUGAGAAGAAUCAUGGUCGAUACCGGGAGCUCGGCCGACAUACUCUACUACGAUGCCUUCCAGAAGCUCGGUCUAUCCAGAGACAACAUGAAGCCGAUAUCCUCGGCGCUCACCGGAUUCACCGGUGAUUCAAUCUCACCACUAGGGGCGGUCACUUUGCCCUUAACCCUGGGAAACCCGCCAAGGUCGAAGAUAAUAAUGACCUCCUUCUUGGUAAUCGACCUCCCCGUCGCAUACAAUUCCAUUCUCGGUCGGCCGACCCUCAACAAAAUCAGAGCCGUCAUCUCGACCUACUACCAAACUGUGAAGUUCCCGACCGACGCCGAGACCGGAGAGAUCACAGGAAGUCCUCGAGAAUCCCAGCGCUGCUACCUGACCGCCGUCUCGUUACACAAGAAGGUCAGGACCGAGUCACCGUUGGCAGACCCCCGAGAAACGCAGAAGACGACUCCCCAUCUUGAGCCGAGGGGUACACCAUCGCUGUGCCGCUGCUAG